GUGUCUUUGUGUAGCUAGCAACUGAAAACAAAGAGAGGCAUAAAACAGAAAAUGCAUGAUGGGGAAAGAGGAGUCACGGUAGAAGGAGAGACUAAGAAAACCGUCUUUGAUGGUAAAGAUUAAGAGAAAGACAGAAAUAGUAGCAACAAAGGACAUCCAUGGAUGGUGUACAUUAGUACUGGUGUUGCUGUGUGUGGUUCCUAUCAGUUCGGAGCUUGUGCAGGAUACACUUCUCCAACUCAAACUUCCAUAACUUCGGAACUCGAUCUUUCUACAGCUGAGUUUUCACUUUUCGGGUCUAUACUGACUUUUGGUGCAAUGUUUGGUGCUAUAACAAGUGGACCUAUAUCUGAUUCUGUUUGUCGAAUAUGGGCGAUGAGAGUCUAUGCAGCCUGCUGCAUAGCAGGAUGGUUAGCUAUCUAUUUUUCCAAGAGUUAUAUGCUUUUGGACAUAGGAAGAACAGUUGGAGGAUAUGGAAUGGGCGCCUUCUCCUUUGUCGUACCUGUUUACAAUGCUGAAAUAGCACCUGCAAACAUUCGAGGAGCCCUUACGACAAUAAAUCAGAUUGGCAUAGAAGAGAUCAAACAGCACUCAAAAGCUAGCAUCUAUGACUUGCUCCAGAAAAAGUAUUUAUGCUCAGUUAUUAUCGGAGUCGGGUUGAUGGUGCUUCAACGAUUUGGAGGAAUCAAUGGCAUCUGUUACUAUGCAAGUAACAUUUUUGAGACGGCAGGAUUCUCCUCAAAGAUUGGAACAAUAAUAUAUUCUUUGCUUCAGGUUCUAGUUCCAUCUAUUGGAGCAACAUUAAUUGAUAAAGCAGGAAGAAAGCCACUGCUAUUGAUUUCGGUAACAGGAUCAGCUUUAGGUUGCCUGUUAACAGCUACUGCAUUCUAUCUUAAGUUAUACAUAUCAUCUUAUUCAGUGGGAAUCGGACCUGUGCCAUGGACUAUAAUGUCAGAGAUUUUUCCGAUAAAUGUAAAAGGAAUAGCCGGAAGUCUAGCAACACAUGUCAAUUGGCUUGGCGCUUGGGUUGUCUCUUAUACAUUCAAUUUUCUAAUGGAAUGGAAUUCUUAUGGCACCUUCCUUCUCUUCGGAGUGAUUAACGCACUUGGGAUCAUCUUUGUCAUCAAUGUGAUGCCUGAAACAAAUGGGAGAACUCUGGAGCAAAUCCAGCACGCCGUUAAAGGAUAGAAAGAGUAAGAAAUUGUAAAA